AUUAUAUAAAUAAUACAUCAUAUAUAAAUAAUUUGCUACUACCAAUAAUAAUAAUAAAUAGGGUAUCAGCCUUGCAAAACAAACGUAAUACUAAGUAAUAACUAAUAAAUAUACAAGCAACUUACCUGUUAUUAGCUACAAUGGUACCUGUCAUCAUUGCUGAUUUUUGGUAUAUUGGAGUUAUUUACAGAUUUUUAUUAUGGAUUAUAAAAGUAUCGAUUUGCAUCUACAUUUUUUUACUUGGAUUACUUCCUCUUGUGUUUCGUUACUCAUAUCAAGUACAAAAGAAAAUAUUAUUUUUAAACUUUGUACAUUGGCCACUUGGUAUUGAUCUUUCUAAACCCGAAACAGUUGGAAUAAAAGGUGCAAGAAACUUUUAUUUAACUACAGAUGAGAAUGUUAAAAUUGGAACUUGGCAAAUAUUGCCACAAUCUUUAAUAAAUGAAAGCCUUCCUGAAAGUGAAGAAAGUUACGAAGCAUUAUUAAGAAAUGCCACUAGACCAGUUUUUUUGUAUAUGCAUGGAAAUAGUGGUAACAGAGCUAGCAGUCACAGAGUUGAACUUUAUCAAUUAUUUCAAAGACUUAAUUUUCAUGUGAUAUGCUUUGACUACAGAAGCUAUGGUGAUAGUGAUAAUGUUGAUCUUUCGGAAAUGGGAGUUAUUAAUGAUAGUAAAUUUGUACUUGAAUGGCUCAUAAAAAUUGUAAAUAAUUCGGCUCCAAUUUUUGUUUGGGGUCAUUCACUUGGUACUGGAGUAUCAUCACAUGUACUUGCAAUUCUUGCAAGUAAUGAUGUAAAUCCAGCAGGAUUAUUUUUGGAAUCUCCAUUUAAUAAUCUUGCUGAUGAAAUUACAGAACAUCCAUUAGCUCAAAUAUUUAAACAUUUACCUUGGUUUCAUUGGGUUAUUGUGCAACCUCUUUAUAAUAAUCAACUCAGAUUUGAAUCUGAUAGGCAUAUUGGUAAAAUCCAAUGUCCAAUCAUGAUUUUACAUGCUGAAGAUGACAAUGUUGUACCAUUUUCAUUAGGAGAAAAACUUUUUAAUGCUGCAAAUGAACUACAUGGAUAUAACAUAGAACAAAUACAAAUGACAAGAAUAGACUCUUCUUAUGGACUAGGGCAUAAAUAUAUAUGUCGAUAUAAAGACUUACCAAGAAUAAUUGAAAAUUUUGUAACUCAAUCGUCAAAAAAAGCAAUGCCGAAUAAAAAUUAGUAAUAUUUUAUUCAACUUUGAAAUCUGGUUAGUUUUGUUCUUUAAUGUGAUUUUUAUCUAUGAACAGAAAAUCUGAUAAUCAAAAAAGAGUAUCAGACAAUAUUCAUGAAAAAAUCUGAUGUGAUAUACAAACAGUUUAUAUUGAUGAAGUAUGCUCCAGAACAAAUGCUAA